UUCUCUUUCUCUCUCUCUCUCUCUUCUUCUUUUUUUUUUUUUAUUCACUCUCCUUUUUUUUAUUUUCAACAAUAACAACAACAACAAAAAAAGAUGGUUUCUUUAAAGACAUUCCUUACUAGUUCAGUGGCUCUCAUUGCCGCUUUUAUCACUGUUGAAGCUGCUGUUUCUCCUUCUUAUCCUUCACCUGGAACCAUUCAAACUGAGGGUCAAACUUACGAAAUCACAUGGACUUUUGAUGGAAAGAACCCUUCUACCACAUAUCAAAUUGAUUUCAUGACAGGUUCGAAUGAUGUGCAAACCGUCUUAUCUACUGUGGCUACUAAAGUCGAUCCAGCCCUCUUAAAAUAUACUUUUGUUGCACCUCAAGUUACACCUCAUUCUGCCGUUUACUUUUUCAUGUUCACUGGCUCUGAUAAGGUCUCUGCAUGGACUACUCGUUUCGCCAUUGUUGGUGCUGACGGUCAACUCGUUGCUGAAAAGGAAAAGGUUCAACCCAAUGGUGACAAGAUCCCUUGGGGUAUUGGUGCCCUUGCCACUGCUACUAGUGGUAAUACCACAGCCGCCUCCGCCUCCGCUUCUUCCAGUGCCAUUGCUACUCCUGCUGCUAAUAGCACUGAAACCGUCAUUCCUGCUGCCAAUGCUGCUGCUGCUGCUGCUGUCUCUUCUUCACCUGUCGUUGAAGAGGCUGCCAAUGCUUCUCCUGUUUCAUCUCCUGUACCUACUGUUGCUCAAGUUGCUGCUGCUUCUACCCCAGCAAUCAGUGCUGGUUCCAUGGUGAAGCCUGCUCUUACAUUGGUCUCUGCUGCCGUGGCUGGUUACUUUGUUCUCUAAGCUAACCUGUCCCCCCCCCCCCCAAACCCCUUCACGCACACCCUCUCAUAGUACCACCAACCCCCCCCUUUUUUUUUUCUUUAUUUGGAAUUCUGAAAAAAAAAAAAGAGAGAGAAGCUAAAAAAAACCCUUUUUUUUUUAUUAUUGUAAUUUAUUGAAAUAAUUCCUCUUUUUUUUAAAAAAAAAAAAAAAAAACCAUUGUAUUUUUAUAUAUAUAUAAUAUUGUUUUAAUUCUUUUUAUAAUGUAA